CCCUUCCUGCCAGAGGCCCAGAGAUGGCUGCCGUGUGCCACCCCCCGACCCGGUUCCACCACAUCCAUGGGGCGAAUGUCAGCGUGGAUCCCACCGGCACGCAGGCGACCCGAGUGGAGAGCUUUGCCAAUGGGGUGUGCUUCAGCCAGGAGCCCCUGGAACCCGGGCAGAUCUUCCUGGUGGAGAUUGAGGAGAAGGAGCUGGGGUGGUGUGGCCACUUGCGGGUGGGGCUGACAGCCCACGACCCUCGCAGCCUGGCCAUGGUGCCAGAGUACUCGCUGCCGGACCUGGUCAACCUGGGGGACAGCUGGGUGUUUGCCAUCACCCGCAACCACAACCGAGUCGCUCCACACAGUGCUGAGGACCAGGCGUCGGCCAGGGUCCGGGGAUUCUUGGCCAGCCCCUAUUUACUCAUAGAGCAAGUCCGGAUCCCCCGGGACAAACUGGUAGGGCGGAGCAGGCCUGGCCGAUACAGCCACAUCCUGGACGACUUGUACAAAACGAAUGUGCUCCCAGCAACGGCCCGGAGGAGUCGGAUCGGGGUGCUCUACACCCUGCAGCCUGAUGGGGCGGCCGACAUGCACAUCGUCAUCAACGGUGAGGACAUGGGGCCCAGCGCCAGAGGUCUCCCCGCCUCCCGCCCCCUCUAUGCCGUGGUCGAUAUCUUUGCAUCCACCAAGAGCGUCCGUGUCAUCCAGGUGGAAUAUGGCUUCCCUUCCUUGCAGACCCUCUGCCGGCUGACCAUCCAGAAACACAUCGUGCACCGGCUGGCCAUCGAUGGGCUCCACCUCCCUCCGCUCCUGAAGAGCUUCUGCAAAGAGGAGUGAAGUGAGCGAGGUCUCUGCAGGCGCACGGCACCACCAAGCCCCACGAUCUCUGGGGCCAGACAGAGCGAGGGAAGCCCAUGGUGGGCCCGCAGAACGCAAGCCUUGCGAGAGGCCAGCCCUCUGGCGAGGCGAGACGUUGACUUCAGGGACCUGAGCAAGAAGCUGGGAUGCACCAUGAAAGGCUAUCAAUAAAAGGGCCUCAGGGAAGCGCAA